UUACUCUCCGCAGCUCCAACCCGAGAGGCUGGGAUGACAGGCAGUGUACACCCCAGCACACACACACUGCACACAGAAACCUGGAGCUGGCAUCCCUGGGAAUCUUCUCAGAGAGGAUGAUAAGGCAUAUGACGCUGAGUGAGCAGGCACCCCAGAGGCUUAAGAGCGACAACUAUGGUUCCACUGGGAAAGAACUGAGAGGGAAGGGGUCUCACACCUGACGCCAUCCUUGGGUUUUUGUCCUGAGGGUUUGUGGGAGUUAGCUUAUGGCCCCUUUCUGGUUUUCUAGCUACUCUGGGCUUCCAUCCCUCUACAAAUGGCUGUUCUUGCCCUUCCCAUGUCUUAAAACCAGCCUUAGUUCCUCAGCCAUGCAGAGGUUGAGCUUGGCGAUCACUGCUCUAGAAGUGCUGGACAGCUUUUUUUUUUUUUUUUUUUUUAAUUAUGGUGUCUGUGUGUGGGUAUGCGCAUGUGAUGCCUGCGGAGGCGAGACGUGUGGGAUCCCCCUGUAGCUAGUUACAGUCAGCUGUGAGCCCCCUGAGCAAGAGGAAUAUGCACUCUUAACCACAGAGCCAUUUCCCUACCCACUGGACAGCUCAUUCUGGUCUCUUCUGUGAGUUUGCCCUGAACGGAGUAAAGCUUCUCCCAUAUAGAACUCUUUAGGUUGGGUCAUACCUUUUUGGAGGUAAUAGUGUAGCAGAACUUGGGGUUGUGGAAAGCUCUGGUUCUACUGUGGCGGCAGCAAAGGCUGAAAGUGCCCCAUGGAUCUGGAAUAUUUUGAGGGGGCAGCGUGGGAGGGAGGGGAUGGGGAGCAACUACGCCUGUAAGCAGGGAUGAUGAGAUUGCUUCUUUUGGUUUUCAUACCUGAAGUCAUCAGAUUAGAUCACUAGGUUUUGGCUUUUCAUUUAUGUUAAUACAGGGAGAAAUCUUGUCUCUUGAACAAGCCAGAAAUGUCUGAGAAGUAAGCAGUCCAGGGAAUCCAGUACUUCUAGAAAGCUGCUCAGAACACUGGUUUCAUGCUCUUGGGUCAGCGAAUCAAGUGUGUGAUUUGGGAUUUCGCUGGUAUCAGUUGCUACCGAUGUAAUUUUCGCAGACCUCUUGAGAUACCCUUAUAGACACAAAGAUAGAAUGAAGGUGGGUUGGGAGCUCGAUUAGGUCAGUGGAGGUUUCCGGGAGCCGCCCUUUGGGGCCGAGGCGCUUCCCCCCCACUCUACAGAGGGCGCUGUGGGCACCUCCGCCACACGGCCCCGCAGCUUCCCCGGGGAGGAGCCUCUCCUGUAGCCGCCGCCGCCUCCGCGAUAGCAAACCCGGAAGAAGCCUCUGGUAGCUGGAUUGUGCCGGCCGGCCUGGCACUGCUAUGCAUUCCAUGGAGGUAGGUCUGGUUCCCGCUCCAGCGAGGGAGCCGAGACUGACCCGCUGGCUGCGGAGAGGCAGUGGGAUCUUGGCGCACCUGAUAGCUUUGGGCUUCACCAUCUUUCUGACUGUGCUGUCCCGGCCCGGAACCAGUUUAAGAUGAUAUGCUGACCUUGUGGCCCGGUCUUUGUCAUUUACAAACCACGGGACAGUAUCAGUGAAGCCCAGCCGUCAGCCUAUUCUCUUUGAUUCUUACUUAGGUCUUUUCUCCUGGCACCCUGUGUUCAUGGCCUUGGCGUUCUGUCUCUGCAUGGCUGAAGCUAUUCUACUCUUCUCACCUGAGCACUCCCUGUUCUUCUUCUGCUCUCGAAAAACCCGGAUUCGACUCCACUGGGCAGGGCAGACCAUGGCCAUCCUCUGUGCUGUCCUAGGCUUGGGCUUCAUCAUUUCCAGCAAGAUCCGAAGUGAGAUGUCCCAUUUGGUGUCCUGGCACAGCUGGAUAGGAGCCUUGACACUGUUGGCCACUGGAGGACAGGCACUGUGUGGGCUCUGCCUCCUCUGUCCACGAGCAGCCCGGGUCUCAAGGGUGGCUCGCCUCAAGCUCUACCAUCUGACGUGUGGCCUGGUUGUCUACCUGAUGGCUACAGUAACGGUGCUCUUGGGCAUGUACUCAGUGUGGUUCCAGGCCCAGAUCAAAGGUACAGCCUGGUACCUGUGCCUGGGACUACCAUUGUACCCAGCCCUGGUGAUCAUGCACCAGAUCUCCAGCUCCUACUUGCCAAGGAAGAAGGUGGAGAUAUGAACGCCUCCAAACUCUGAAUCUAGGUGGGAGUCUUGCCUUGGAUUUCAACAGUUCCUUGGUGAUCUUCACAGGACCCACUUCAGAAGUAGAUGAAUUUUUGCACUUCAUGGCUGAGCCACAAUGUGCAGAAACCCUAGCUGCUACUGUUGAGGCAUGAUACAGUGGGCUCAAAGGGGGAGAUGCCCUACUGGGUACAAGUGGAAGGUUUGGGAGAACCUGAAACCUCACUCUUGGUGGGAGACAGAAGUAUUAGGUGGUGGUAAUGGUGAUGGUGAUGGUGAUGGUGGUGAUUUCUUGUGUGCCUGAUGAAGAGUUCUCCUAGGUUAUGAAUGACAGCCACAGAUGCUGGGAUCCCUAUUGAGAAGGCAGUGCUAUCGAGAGCCCGUAACCUCUCAGGCAGUGCUGUACAAUCAACCUUAGACAAGUUCCAUAUCUUAGGACCUCAGUUUCUGACAUCUGAAGGUCCCUUAUCUUUAACAUUGGUGUCUGACAGAUUGAUGUUGCCGAUACCCUCUUAGCUCUGGACCAUGUGGGCAGCUCAGGAUGUAAUUCUCUCAUCCAUUUUCCCUCUACUCCCCUAGAAGGACCCUUCAGAAAUUAUGUCAACUUGGUUCCUGAACCAAGAAACAAGGGCCACGCACGAACUGUGGAAAGAAGGGACCCAGGGGAGGUCUCCUGGACAAUAAGGUAGUAAAGGCACUGAAGUCACUUUAAAGUUCUUCAGAGGAACUGAAGGCAGUAGCCUUACCAAGCCCUUGCCUCCUGGGCUCCUUAGCUGAGCUAAGGACUUCCUUCAGGCUACCUCUGGGUAUGCUCCUGCCAUUCAUUCUCAGGGCAGAGUGGUCCUGGGCAUCUUACUUGGCAUGUUGCUCCAUGGAACUAUUCUUAAGCUUUUAGAACAAAAUAAAAACCAAGGAGUAGGCCCCUCUUGACCUAAGGAAGACUCUCUCCCUGUUGCCCGUCUUUCCUUGUCGUUUCCUAAGCUUUCCUUAGUUGCUGUCUCCGGCCAGCUGGGCCUAAGAGUAGGAUGAUGUUGAUAACUGUGUUCUUCCCUGCCGAUGUACCUCCUUGAUCUGAGUUCCCUAGCGCAUCCUUGGUUGUGAGGGUUACAUGUCAGAUUAGUAAGCUGUGGUGUAGGUCAGUCUAGGAGAUGGGCUCUCUAUAGAUCCUAAUAAAGACUGAAGACUGCUGAACCAGGGAAGGUAUCCACGCAGCUUUCUACCUCGGAGAUAGAGCCAAUCAAACACUCUGGGAGGGAGGCCUGCAGUAUAGGGGCUGGAGCACCAGUUCCAGAGACAAGGUGUCUGCUUGCCUAUCUCAGAUCCUCUUCUCCCAGUGGCUCAGAAGCAAGGCAGGUGGGAUUCAGUAGAGGAAUGGGGACUAGGGGGCAGAAGUAUUCUCAGUGGACCUCACCGGGCUUUCCUCAGGGAUCUAGCAUGACUCUCUAAAUACAGCUUGAUGAACAGAGGUCCCUGCAGUGCAGAGGGGAACUAACUGUUCUUGGCUUUUCCAAAGCCCUCUCUCCGGCUCAAGCCAUCCAGUGUGCUGUGAACGUGGAGGGGAUGGUUACCCGGCCACGUGAAAGAGACCCUCUUACUAGGGUCACUUUGAUAAAGGGCGCCCAUCUCCUUUCCUCAUUAAGGCCAGUGCUGGGGGCUCCCUAGGGUGGGCCAGGUAAGGUUCAGCAGCUUGUUCUCAGAGCACAGAGGCGAUGCCAGAAAGCCUGAGCCUGCCUGAGGUGUUGCCUCCUCCCAGGUGGUGCGGGGGCUGGUGGGCGGGCGGGCAGGCGUGCUGACAGCCGGCAGUUUGCGUGGGCUGUGCCAUCUGAUGUCUAUUCGCAGCCCCGGGAGGAAGGGGAGUCAUUUAUAUUCUGCAGGAAGAAAGGACCCAGCUGUCGCUUCCUCUGACCAGUGGGCCUGGAGGGCAUCGGUGCAGAGCACAGAGGAAGAGUACAGGUAGUGGUGGUCUCCUGCUUAGGGAUCUGACCGUAGUGUAGGGGGCAGGGCACCAGGAGGAGCCCUUCUUCCUGUUAGGCCAGAUUGGGGCGGGGCUUUCUUCCCUCCCGUCUUUCCAUCCUAGGGCAGCAGCUGGACAGCCAUUAGUCCUCAGUGCCAGGGUGCGCUUCCUCCAGCUGGGAUCUGUGGCUGCCGGCUGCGGAUGCCUCCUGGCUGAAUGCUCCCUCUUCCCCACACCUGCCCCCUUUUGUAGCUUCUAAUGUCUGAAUACUACCUGGGCUUCUCAGUAGCAAGGAAGGGGCCUUAGCAGGAACACAAAUGGCUGUCCUUUGGCCAUGUUCCUUGACUAGGGAAAGCUAGUAGUAGUCAGCCUGUUUUGCUUUUUUCAAGGGGACACUCAGGAUGUUCAAGAUUUUUUUAAAAAUUGCCAAUCAUUUGCACAAAUUUCCAUAUCAUGCUAAGUUCUGAUUCCAUAUUUGAUGGUGUUCCAAGCUUGACUAUAUUCAGACUCAACCUUGAGGGCAUUAGAAAGAUAGUUUUAUAUCAACCCCAAGUGGGCACACUAUCUGUGGAGUCCUCUCAGGAGCCCCUUUGUCCCUCCUAUUGGGGUUGGGGUGGCAGUGAACAAAUGACAGGAGCUCUGCAUCUGAGAACUCUUGCUUCCCUCUGGCUGACGCCCCAUCCACAAUAGGCUGCUAUCAGUUGCCAGCCUAUUCUUGCUUUGCCCUUCAAAGCAGGCCACCCUCAGCCCAUGACACUGCCCUGCCCCAUCUCUCAGUGUCCCCACCUUUUCCACUCCCAUGCAUGGCUGCUGUGGGUCUUGUUUUUUAAACCUCGCUGUGGGAGAUCCAGGCAUCCUCCCUGAGCCAGCUGGCUGCUGUGCCAAGGCCUGUUCAGAGUUAAUAAUAAUCAUUAGUUGAAUGGUGCUGGGGCCUUUCAGCUCCAGAUCUCUAAGCACUUGCAGGCUGAGUCAGCCAGUCACCUUCCCCCUCUUCCUGGGCUUUGGAGUGUAACAGCAUGGGAAGACACUGUGGGAGAGAAGGGGAUCGGGAUUCUUGCUGCCUGGCUAUACCAGAGGCUUUUCUCCUCUGAGAGGAAGCAGUCAGGCCAAGAUACACAGAGAAUACAGUGUGCUCAGCUGAGAUGGCCGUGGCCGUGGUAGCUGAUAACCCCAAGCCUCUAGCGCUCCUGUGUACUUGCCUUGGCUUCUGGGGGCACCCCACCCAAAUGCCCUUAAGCAAGUCUUGAGAGCAAGAAAGUGUCUGAGUUUGUACCCCCGCAAUGCCCUGGUCUGUGGCUGGAACAAAGAUCCUGUGUGUCCUGAACUGGAAGGUGUAUCAGCCUGGCAAAGCUACUUUAUGAGUGGCUCGGCUCCGAACACUGGGUGGCACAGGCCAACUAUUUGCUUCUUAUCUUACCUCACAGGGAUGUUGUGAGGAUUCCUCAAGAGAACAAGGCUCAAAGCAUUAAACAAAUGGAAAACAGAUGCUA